GUUUGACAUGGUCUCCGAGGUAGACCCAUGGAUGGUCUUCAUUGGGACUGAAGGGCCACGGUUCCUCGUCUCGCGGCUGUGCUUGAGGCAAGGGAGAGCUUCCUCGCUCGUCCUCCAUCAAGCCCUCGAUGGCUUCCUGUUCGGUGUCAAUAAGAAGCGUCUCGCAGACACAACCAGACUUACUCGGAGAUUGCACGCAGGGCACUCUCGCCGGCGGCCCGUCUUUUUGACGCUACGACGGAGUCCAUACCGAGCAAAGCAGUGGCACUCAGUUGCGAGGAAAGGUUUGACACGACGCCACACUUCAUGGAGCAGCACCCCAAUCAUCAAGCCCACCUCGCGGCUCCGCGUGUCAGCAUGGAUGCUCGUCUACAAGCAAGCUCCUUGCCGCGCCAGAGCGGUAUAGGUGCUCUUCCAGCCCCUUCGUCCACGACACCGCUCACCUCAACUGAUGACCGGGGCAUUGACGAUGGCUCGGUCUCCCGCGCAGACGACCACGCGACAUUUUUAGGUGCUACGCCUUCUGGCAAUGUGGCAGGCAGGACCUCGGCACGCGCACGCUAUGAGCAUUCGCCCAUGCCCCUCUCCGAUCAUGACCUCCAGCGCUUGAUGGCACGCCAGGCAUCACAAACGCGCGGCCUUACGAACGAGGACCUCCUGUCGGAGAUGCUCGCGUCGUACGAUCAACCCCAAGGCCUUUCGUUCUACCCAAGCAACGCUGCUGGUGAUGCCGCGGCGUUUCCAAGUCGACCCAGCGAGGCUCCUUACUCAGCCCAAGCCGCCAUCCUUGCCGCGUCAAAGGCUGGCCUUGACGAGGACGCUCUGCAAACAGCCACGGAGUACAUGCAAAACAACGCGCAUACGAAGCUCGACAUUCUCAUGAUCCAUAUCUUAUCCCUCGAACAGAACAUCCAGAAGCUCGAGCAAGACUUCGACGCGUCAAAAGACUACACCACGAAAACUUACAACCUCGUCAAGGCAAGCUUCACCAUGCGGCCGGAGCAGAAGGCUGCCUUGCGCAAGCUCCUUCGCCACAUGCUCGCUCAACCGCUCGUGCUGGGCUACAACAAGAAGAACAUCGUCGAGAACUGCAUGGAAUAUAUCACUCAGAAGCGGUCAAAGUUCGGCUUUGAGAAGUUUGCCACCGACGAGACCAUCAAGGGCGCGACAGAGGCGUAUCUCAACGACUGGACCUCCACCGACAAAAGCGAAUUUCGCAAAUACUUCUUUCGCCUAUGCGACAUGAAGCUCGACCUCAACGAGCUUGUCACGACGCUGAUGAAAGAGGUGCACCUGACGCCAAGGCCAGCGGCCUACGACAAGAAGGUCUACGCUUUCAUUGCUCUCUAUCGGCACACUGCAGCCACGGUCAUCGCAAGCAUGCAGCCAGGCCAACGCGACACUGGAUUCUGGCGAGAUUUGAACGCAGCAGUCGCCGACCUCGUGAAGAAACACAAGACGACGAACCUGGCGAGCGACUCCUGGCGACGCUGGAUCGACGAGAUCAUUGCGAAAGAUAGGCAGGCAUACGAUAUCGGCUCGCUUGCGAUGACGGCCGAGGAGGAGGAUGAGAUCGUAGAGGACGAGGUGGACGAAGAGCCCGAAUGCCCCGGAGUCAUGGCCUCGUAAUGCAUUAUCUACCUAAGGAGUAGUUACUAUAAAUCAAUUCGCUCUCUCGCUACUCUCUGCCAGUAUUUUUGUUCGAGAUGAGCUCU